GUUGCUGCGCAGCUCACGAUGAUUGGCUGGCAACUACAAUCUUUCGCCUCUUUUUCUGGGGCGCUGGGUAGCAUCUGUCUUCCACAUCCUCGCCAACUACAACAUAUGAUAUAAUGAUGACUGAUGUAAUAUGGAUCUUUCUUCGGUGAAUGAAUCCCAGUCCGUUGCGUAUUGACGGUAGUAGGCAGGCGAGACAGGCGAGCAGGGUGCACACUUAAUAUAGUAUGCCACGCCUUGAUCUUCUGCUGGGCCUGGAACUGAGAGUAAUGACGACAAUAGAAUUGCUUAUUGUGAUGUCUGUGGGAUCUUUGAACCUUGGCGCUGCGUCUCAAGUGGGUGGUCAGCAUCGAUCACCUCAUUGAUGUCAAUGAAGUGUUCGCUCAUUAUAAAAGAAACGUGGUAGGGCAUGUCGAUCUCAAGAAAUGGUUUGGAUAUCUCGUUCUCCUAUCUUCAUUAUCAGCUCACUCUCACAUCACUCUCAUAUAUCACAGUGGAAUCGAAUCAACAAUUCUCAUUGUUGAGAAUACUUGCCUGUUUAGGAACCUUCCAAAUUCGACCUCACACUCUGUUACCAGUAGAAAGACUCAAAACGCGCAUACCAAAAUCAUGUCCUCACGAAGCCGCGACUACCACCGCUCGCGCUCACGCGCGGACAAUAUCAUAGACGCUCUUGAGAGCGGGCGCCUGCUCGAUGCCGUGAAAGAACUAAACCCGUCUCGCUCAAGUAACGAUCACCGACAUCACCAACGUCGCCACCACAAUACCCGAGCAUACGACUACUACGAUGAAGGCCCGCCUCGCCGCAGUCGCUACGAUGACUACUACCCGCCUGAGAAUGACGAGUAUUACUACGAUUCACGCUCGCACUCACGUAGACACCGGUCUGCGCACUCAGAUCGACGCCACGACGAUAGUCGCGGCCGAAGCAGCCACAAGCGGUCCUCAAGCUCUCAUGGUAGCGGGUUGGAUUUCAAACAGGUCGCUGGCGCAGCGGUGACUGCUGGCGUUAUCGAGGCUUGGCGCUCGCGACAUGACGCCGACAAGACGAUGAGGAUUGCUACUGCCGCUAUUGGAGCGGCGGCGACGGAUUCGGCGCUGGGAGGACGUCGGGACGGCAAGGAUAAAAGGCAUAUUGUUGAGAGCGCGCUGGCAGGCUUGGUGGAGAACAGAGUCAUCAAUGGGCCGACGCGUUAAGGUCUGAAAGAAUGAAUAUUAACAAACGAACGGUUGUCUGUUUGCAAACAUAUGAUGAGUUAUGAGGUAUUGAUUACGGCGGUUUUCUCAAACUUUUUUUUUCUCCAGGUGGUUAUGGGAUACUGGCUCUAUGCUUUAGAUCUCUUUCCCAUUAGGAAACGGCGAAGGAACAAAGACGGAGGGUUAAUUGUGAAACAUCAUUAUGAUAACAAGGUCGGCGAUUACUAUGUAACUACGAGUCUAGGAAUAAUGGAGGAGUUGAUGACAAGAGAAUUUACUCAUUCCCAGUUCGACGAUUGA